AUGCUUCUGCCAUCUCAACAUCACCCGAAAAAUUCUCAACCCGAGAAAGAGGCAGAAGAAGCCAUGGGGUGGUUGGACGAAGUUCCCCGUGCAGGUGGUCUGUACAUCGGCGGACUUCACGCACUAUUUCAGAAGCAAGAUCUCUUCAAGAAGGAGAGGAUCACUCACAUCGUCUCCGUAAUAGACUUCGACUUGUACGAGAACGAUACCUUCAGCCAUUACAAACGCAUUCAAAUCAAACUGGAUGAUGAUCCCAACGAGAACCUCCUGGAACAUUUCCCUGCCACGAACGCCUUCAUCAGUGACGCUCUGAAAGACGGUACCGGACGUGUCUUCGUUCACUGUGCCAUGGGUAAAUCCCGUUCUGCGACUAUCGUUUGUGCAUACUUGAUGUUCAAAUACGGUGUUUCUCCAAGCAAGGCUUUGGAACAGCUAUGCGAAGGACGGCCGGUCUGCGAACCCAAUCCCGGAUUCCAGGAGCAGUUGCGUGUGUAUGAGAAAAUGCUGAAAGCGAAGGACGAGAGUGAGAGAGACGGGGUCUAUCAGCAUUGGAUCAAGAAUCGAUAUACGGGGACUUGGUACUCUGAUAUGCGGCAACAAGCAUGGAAAUUGUAG